GUGGGAAUGAGAUCCCGAAACCAGGGUGGUGAAAGUUCAUCCAAUGGGCAUCUCUCCUGCCCCAAGUCCUCUAUCAUCAGCAAUGCUGAUGAUAAAAGUUUCUCAGAAGAUGCAAAAAAGAAGAAUAAAUCAAACAGAAAGGAGGAUGAUGUCAUGGCCUCAGGAACUGUCAAACGACACCUAAAACCAUCUGGAGAAAGCGAGCGAAAGAAUAAGAAAUCCUUGGAGUUAUCCAAAGAAGACCUUAUACAGCUACUCAGUAUAAUGGAAGGAGAGUUGCAGGCCAGGGAAGAUGUGAUCCAUAUGCUGAAGACAGAGAAAACCAAGCCUGAGGUUCUGGAGGCUCAUUACGGGUCUGCAGAACCAGAGAAAGUGCUCCGAGUCCUGCACCGAGACGCCAUCCUAGCCCAGGAGAAAUCUAUAGGAGAAGAUGUCUAUGAGAAACCAAUUUCAGAGCUGGACAGACUUGAGGAAAAACAGAAAGAAACCUACCGGCGCAUGCUAGAGCAGCUGCUGCUGGCAGAGAAGUGUCACAGGCGCACCGUGUACGAGUUAGAGAGCGAGAAGCACAAACACACUGACUACAUGAACAAGAGCGACGACUUCACCAACCUGCUGGAGCAGGAGCGGGAGAGGUUGAAAAAGCUCCUUGAACAAGAAAAGGCUUACCAGGCCCGAAAAGAAAAGGAAAAUGCUAAGCGACUCAAUAAACUAAGAGAUGAGCUUGUAAAACUCAAGUCCUUUGCACUCAUGCUGGUGGAUGAAAGGCAAAUGCAUAUUGAACAACUUGGCCUGCAAAGCCAGAAAGUACAGGAUCUUACUCAGAAACUGAGGGAAGAAGAAGAAAAGCUCAAAGCCAUUACUUCCAAAUCCAAAGAAGACAGGCAGAAACUGCUCAAGUUGGAAGUGGAUUUUGAACACAAGGCUUCGAGGUUUUCUCAAGAGCAUGAAGAGAUGAAUGCUAAAUUGGCUAAUCAAGAGUCUCACAACAGGCAACUUAGACUCAAGCUGGUUGGCUUGACUCAGAGAAUUGAGGAACUGGAAGAGACCAACAAAAACCUUCAAAAGGCAGAGGAAGAACUUCAGGAAUUAAGAGAUAAAAUUGCCAAAGGGGAAUGUGGCAACUCCAGCCUUAUGGCUGAAGUGGAAAAUCUCCGGAAGCGCGUGUUAGAAAUGGAGGGUAAAGAUGAGGAGAUCACUAAAACUGAAUCCCAGUGCAGGGAAUUGCGGAAGAAGCUGCAAGAGGAAGAACACCACAGUCGGGAACUCAAACUUGAAGUCGAGAAGUUACAGAAGAGAAUGUCUGAACUGGAGAAAUUGGAGGAAGCAUUUACCAAGAGUAAAUCUGAGUGUACCCAGCUACAUCUAAACCUGGAGAAAGAAAAGAACUUAACCAAAGACCUGCUAAAUGAGCUGGAGGUGGUCAAGAGUCGAGUUAAAGAACUGGAAUGUUCUGAAAGUCGAUUGGAAAAGGCUGAAUUAAGUCUAAAAGAUGACCUUACAAAGUUGAAGUCAUUUACUGUGAUGCUGGUUGAUGAAAGGAAAAAUAUGAUGGAAAAAAUAAAGCAAGAAGAGAGAAAAGUGGAUGGACUCAAUAAAAAUUUUAAGGUGGAACAAGGAAAGGUUAUGGAUGUAACUGAAAAACUAAUUGAAGAAAGUAAGAAGCUUUUAAAACUGAAAUCUGAAAUGGAGGAAAAGGUGUACAAUUUGACAAAAGAAAGAGAUGAGUUAAUAGGUAAACUGAAAAGCGAAGAAGAAAAAUCCUCUGAAUUGAGCUGCAGUGUUGACUUAUUAAAGAAGAGACUUGAUGGAAUAGAGGAAGUGGAAAGGGAAAUAACAAGAGGAAGGUCUCGAAAAGGAUCUGAGCUCACCUGCCCAGAAGAUAACAAGAUUAAGGAACUAACACUUGAAAUUGAGAGACUGAAGAAACGCCUCCAACAAUUGGAGGUGGUUGAGGGGGAUCUGAUGAAGACGGAGGAUGAGUAUGAUCAGUUAGAGCAGAAAUUUAGAACUGAGCAGGACAAGGCUAAUUUCCUCUCUCAACAACUGGAGGAGAUAAAGCACCAAAUUGCCAAAAAUAAAGCAAUCGAGAAAGGUGAGGCUGUGAGUCAGGAAGCAGAGCUGAGACACAGAUUUCGGUUAGAAGAAGCUAAAAGUCGAGACUUAAAAGCCGAAGUACAAGCUCUUAAAGAGAAGAUCCAUGAAUUAAUGAACAAAGAAGAUCAACUUUCUCAACUUCAAGUGGAUUAUUCUGUCCUUCAACAAAGAUUUAUGGAAGAAGAAAAUAAGAACAAAAACAUGGGGCAGGAGGUCCUCAAUCUGACCAAAGAGUUGGAGCUUUCAAAGCGUUAUAGCCGAGCUCUUCGACCCAGUAUGAAUGGGAGAAGAAUGGUGGAUAUUCCUGUGACGUCAACUGGAGUGCAGACUGACGCGGUGAGCAGUGAAGCAGCAGAGGAGGAAACACCAGCAGUAUUUAUACGGAAAUCCUUUCAAGAAGAAAAUCACAUCAUGAGCAAUCUUCGACAGGUAGGAUUGAAAAAACCUAUGGAACGAUCCUCUGUUCUAGAUAGGUAUCCUCCAGCAGCAAAUGAGCUCACUAUGAGAAAGUCUUGGAUUCCAUGGAUGAGAAAAAGGGAAAAUGGGCCCCCAAUCACUCAGGAAAAAGGGCCUCGAACAAAUCCCAGUCCAGGGCACCCAGGAGAACUGGUCCUUUCACCAAAGCAAGGCCAGCCUCUGCAUAUUCGAGUGACACCAGACCAUGAGAAUAGUACUGCAACUUUGGAAAUAACAAGCCCAACAUCUGAAGAAUUUUUUUCUAGUACCACUGUCAUUCCUACCUUAGGGAAUCAGAAACCAAGGAUAACCAUUAUUCCAUCACCAAAUGUCAUGUCUCAAAAACCAAAAAGUGGAGAUGCUACUCUUGGCACAGAACGAGCCAUGUCCCCGGUCACGAUUACUACAUUUUCUAGAGAGAAGACCCCAGAAAGUGGAAGAGGUAUGUUUGCAGACAGGCCCACAUCCCCCAUUCAGAUAAUGACAGUGUCUACAUCAGCAGCACCAGCUGAGAUUGGAGUCUCUCCUGAAUCCCAGGAAAUGCCCAUGGGAAGGACUGUCCUCAAAGUCACCCCAGAAAAACAGACUGUUCCAACUCCACUACGGAAAUAUAACUCCAAUGCCAAUAUCAUAACCACGGAAGACAAUAAAAUUCACAUUCAUUUAGGUUCUCAGUUUAAACGAUCCCCUGGGACUUCAGCUGAAGGAGCAAGUCCAGUUAUUACUGUCCGACCUGUCAACGUGACAGCUGAAAAGGAGGUUUCCACAGGCACCGUCCUUCGCUCCCCUAGGAACCAUCUCUCAUCGAGACCUGGUGCGAGCAAAGUGACGAGCACUAUCACCAUAACACCGGUCACAACCUCAUCUACUCGAGGAACCCAGUCAGUGUCAGGACAAGACGGGUCAUCCCAGCGACCUACACCCACCCGCAUUCCUAUGUCAAAAGAUCCCGAGUUUGCUUCAUGUGCUGGAAAAAACAUCUCCUAGCUCUCACAGGGCCUGGACCUCUAAAGUUUUGCAAAACUAAAGCCUCUGGGAUGAUUUCAGGAAAUAAUUUGAAUAUGAAAUAAAAUGAAAAUGAAAUAUGGAAUCCUAAAAACAGAGUUUUACUUAUUUGUGUGUGUCUGUGUGUACUAAAGAGGUUUUGGCCAUCUCCAAAACAUUCCCAGAAUUUUAGAGAUGAUAAUUUUAGAAGCACUAAUGUCAAACUCAUGCUCUAUUCAAGUGUGCAAUUGAUUUAAAUUGUGGAGCAGUUUGAAUAGAGCUGCCAAAUGGCCCUUCUAUCCAUUACAACCUCAACAGAGGUUGUAAUGGAUAGAAAAUAGAAGAAAGUAAUUGUGAUACACUAAUGCCAAGAGAAAAAAUGACAUCAUGCACAGCUUAAUUGAAUUCAAAUAUUUUCCUCAGUUGAAUGUGGACUUUACUUGCAAAUACAGAACCAGUUCAUGAUUGUGGUGUGUGUGUGUGUGUGUGUGUGUGUGUGUGUGUGUGUGUGUGGUGAUGAAAUGAAUUAUUAUUCCUGUCAGUUUUACUUAUAUUUGUAUUAUUUUCAUUAAUUUCAAGCAUGUUUUAAUAAGCAUGAAACUGUGUGAAUGCAAAAUGCCAGGUGUCUUUGUGAGAGGAUUAACCAUGUUAUUAAAGUGGACAUUGUGCUUCCUGGUCAAAUAACCACAAAUGAGCUCAAGGCUAAUAACCCGCAGCUUAGCAUCUGAGGUCUCAUGUAGGCAGCACCUUUGUCAAAAUUUUUAAGCCAAUUGAGUGAACUUUAUAAAAAUACAACAACUAUAAAGUUACAGGUUGUUAUUUUUCCACUUCUGAAUUGUGAGGGUUCCAAAAUUAUUUGUAUAGUCCCUGCUGUUGAUAUUUGGGGAAAGAUAGAUUUUUUAAAAAAAGAUAUUUGAUUAGCUUUUAUCAUUAAAUCAUCAUACUUCAUGAUAAAGAGGCUGUUCUUUGAGUUCUUUCCAUACCAAUUUCCUAUCUCUUGCAGAACUUGGACUUGAAUUGUAUAUGAUGGUGGUAGAUGCCUCACAGAAUUCAUACAUUUUUUUUAAUGUUUAUUUAUUUUGAGAGAGAGAGAGCACAAGCAGGAGAGGAGCAGAGAGAAAGAGAGGGAGAGAGAGAGAGAGAGAAUCUGCACUGUCAGCACAGAGCCCAACAUGGGGCUUGAUCCCACAACCCUGGAUCAUGACCAGAGCCAAAAUCAAGAGUCGGAUGCGUAACUGACUAAGCCACCCAGGUGCCCCCAUAUUUUUUUUAAUCAGGUAUCUUAUUGCCUGUAGCUUAUCAGUUCUCAGCAUAUGUAUUAAAAGAUGUUGAGUAACCAUGCUAACAUGCCAUAAUAAUGGGAUUUCAAGGUAGCAGGAGAGAGACUGAGAAAAAUGAUUUUAUAAAAUGUGAUUUUGAGGGGCACCUGGGUGGCUCAGUUGGUUAAAGGUCUGACUCUUGAUAUUUGCUCAGGUUAUGAUCUCAUGGUUCCUGAGACCCAGCCCCUGGUGGCCUCCACACUGACAGCACAGUGUGGAGCUUGCUUGGGAUGAUUCUCUCUCUACUUCUCUCUCUCUGCCCCUCUCCUGCUUGCACACUCAAGCCUUCUUUCUCUCUCAAAGUAAAUAAAUAAACUUUAAAAAAUGUGACUUUUGGGGGGCGCCUGGGUGGCUCAGUCGGUUAAGCGUCCGACUUCGGCUCAGGUCAUGAACUCGCGGUUUGUGAGUUCGAGUCCCGCGUCGGGCUCUGUGCUGAUAGUUCAGAGCCUAAAGCCUGCCUCAGAUUCUUUGUCUCCCUCUUUCUCUGCCCCUCCCCCACUCAUGCUCUGUCUCUCUCUGUCUCAGAAAUAAACAAACAUUAACAAAAAUUUUUUAAUGUAAUUUUUAACAAGUUUAAACAAGAUAUCUUUCCAUUUCCAAUACUGACUUGUAUUUUCUUAAAAGGAAAUUUUUCCCUUUUAUAAAGUGCACAACCACCCCUUUGAGGAAAGAAAAAAAGGAUAUUCACUCUUUUGAAAUGCUUCUUUGGCAUUUAGGGUAUUUAGUGUUACUGUGAACAAAUGGUGUCAAAAAUGAAAACUGAGACAUUAUAUUACUUCUGACUCUACCUGUCAUUCUCCAAUGACUUUUAUUAUAAUCUAUUGUCACCGAUGCUGUUUUUUGCUUUUACCCACUCAUACCAUGCUUAUUUCAUUCCUGCCUGGAAGUCCAUACCUGCCAUCUGCAGGGAGAGUGCCCUGAAAGGCUUAGCAGUGCAUGUACAGGAUGUUUAUACAUCUGGAUGCUGGAAUAGAGUCAUCUACAAAGUACAACUGCUAGGAAAAUUUGGCCGAACAGCACAUUCACUUUUAAGAAAUGGUAAAGAGCAGCCAUGGCAGUGUUUCUUCGUAAUUUUAUUUUAUUUAUUUAUUUUUUUAAUGUUUACUUAUUUUUGAGAGAGAGAGAGGAGGGGCAGAGAGAGAGAGGGAGAGACAGGGAGACACAGAAUCCGAAGCAGGCUCCAGGAGCCUGACGUGGGGCUUGAACUCACAAACCAUGAGACCAUGACCUGAGCCGAAGUCAGACGCUUAACCAACUGAGUCACCCAGGCGCCCCUAUUUUAGAACCAAUUCUACAUUUAUUGGAUAGCUUUGUUUUUGUUUUGUUUUGUUUUUUUAUUUUAUUUUUUUUUUAACGUUUUAUUUCUUUUUGAGACAGAAAGAGACAGAGCAUGAAUGGGGGAGGGCCAGAGAGAGAGGGAGACACAGAAUCGGAAGCAGGCUCCAGGCUCUGAGCCAUCAGCCCAGAGCCCGACGCGGGGCUCGAACAUACGGACCGCGAGAUCGUGACCUGAGCUGAAGUCGGACACUUAACCGACUGAACCACCCAGGCGCCCCAGGAUAGCUUUGUUUUAAGCCACAUAUUAGAAAUGAAAUCACUGAGAAUAGGAAGUAGAGGAUUAAAUGCACUCCAAUUCCAGCUUCCAUUUGUGAGGAUAAUGCUUUUACAGUGCAACUUGAUGGGCUUUUAUAAGAAUGAAUGGGAUUAAAAGGUUAGAGUCUUUUCCCUGUCCUGGAACACAGUAUUGUUCCAGGGCCUCACCAAGGCUGCUGUGUACAGCUGCCGUGCAGGUCCCACCCUAGGGAUGGGGGGAGUGUGAUGGCUCCCCCUGGGGUUGUGCAGGGCACAAUCUGCACAGCUACACAGGAAGCGCUGGUCUUCCCCUCCAGAGAAUAGUUUUUAUGGGUUGACUAUUUCAGCACGCUAUGAUGGUGGCCAUUUAGCAUGCAUGGUAUAAGAAAUGUUCCUGGGGCGCCUGCGUGGUUCAAUCUUUUGGGCAUCAGGCUUCGGCUCAGGUCAUGAUCUUGCAGUUCGUGGGUCCGAGCCCUGUGUCGGGCUCUAUGCUGACAGCGCAGAACCUGGAACCUGCUUCAGAUUCUGUGUCUCCCUCUCUCUGACCCUCCCCUGCUUGUGCUCUGUCUCUCUCUCUCUCUCUCAAAAAUAAACAUUAAAAAAAAUUUUUUUUAAAGACAUGUUCCUGUAUGGGACAUGGCCCUAAGGGUAUUUAUCAUUUCUUGAAAAUGACCUUUCUGUCUAGGUCACUUGCUUAAACAGACUCAUUCAGUUUCUGCUGGUAAUUUUGUUACAUUUUCAGUGAGGGCAAGUUAACGGAUAGCAACCAGACUCCAGAGGUUUUAGCGUAUUCAUUAACAGCAGGUCUUACUAGAUCUCUUACUUGAAUGUCUUCAAGAAAGAAGUGAAAGAAUGGCUUUGAUGUGUCAUGUGGGAAGAGUAUAGUUGCAGGGAAAUGAAAACAUAUCCAAGAAUAUAAGAUGUACAAAGAUUUGAAUUUCUCAUUUCCUCAUAGGUUUAGAACACUGAGGAAAGCAUGAGACUUCCCUGAUCAGAAAAACCCAGGGAUGUUAGAUAAGAAGACUGCGCUUAUGUGGGAGGUUGAAGGGCAGAGAGAAGGAUGGACACAGAGGGGGCUUCCCAGUAAACAGGAGCACACAAUUCCAAAUUUUCCCCAACCCAGAUGGAAUUCAGGGUUUCCCCUCCACAACCUCCUCUAGGGUUUCAUUGUUGGUUAUGUCCUCAUCUUCUGCUGUUUCAGUUUCUCCUUUUUACCUGCUACUUCCGCACAGGAUAUAAAUAUGCUCUGGACUCUUCCAUUGGAGCACAAUUCUUCCUUCAGCCAUGCAGUCCUCUAUAGCUGCUGCCCUGUCUCCUUUCUGCCCAGUUAAGCCACAGACCAAACACUCAACCAUUUCUGCCUCCACCUCCACAUUUCCAUUUAUUCCUUAACUCUUUUUUUUAAAUUAAUUAAUUUAUUUUGAGAAACAGGGAGAGAGAGAGAGAGAGAGAGGAGAGAGAGAGAGAGCAGCGGAGGGGCAGAGAGAGAGGGAGAGAGAGAAUCCCAAGCAGGCUUUGCACUGUCAGCGCAGAGCCUGAUGUGGGGCUUGAACUCAUGAACUGUGAGAUCAUGACCUGGGCUGAAAUCAAGCAUUGGACACUUAACUGACAGAGCCACCAGGUGCUCCAACUCCUUUAAAAUUUUUUCAAAAAGUUUAUUUAUUUAUUUUGAGAGAGAGAGAGAGAGAGAGAGAGAGAAUGAGCUGGGGAGGAGCAGAAAGAGAGGGGGACAAGAGAUCAAAGCAGGCUCUGUGCUGACUGUGGAGAGCCCAACACGGGGCUUGAACUCACUAACUGUAAGAUCACGACCUGAGCUGAAGUCUGAUGCUUAACUGACUGAGCCACCCAGAUGUCCCUCUUUUAAAAAUGUUAUUAGUAUAAUUCAUAUACAGGGGCACCUGGGUUACUCAGUUGGUUAAGCAUCUGACUCUUGAUUUUGGCUCAAGUCAUGAUCUCACAGUGUAUGGGUUCCAGCUCUGUGCUAACAGAGAGGAGCCUGCUUGGGAUUCUGCCUCUCCUUCUCUCUCUGCACCUCCUCCACUCACUUGAGUGCAUACUCUCUCUCUCUCUCUCAAAAACAAAUAAACAUUCAAAAAAAGGUAAUUCAUAUACAAGGUUAAACUAUCAGCCAGCACUAAAAGAAAAUUAAAACCAUUCUUCCUUAUCUCACUCCCCUUUUCCCUCAGUUUUACUCCCUGGAAAACAUCAUUUCUAACUCUUAGCUGUUUUUCUGGUGUUUAUCUACAUAUUUCUAAAUAAUAUACUUGUAUUCUUUGUCAAUGUAGACAUUAUUUUCUGUCUUCCCAUUAUUGCUUUGAUGGUUGAGGAUGCUCUCAUAUGUCACCUCUGUCCUUUUUCCCCAUCCUCCCAGUAUGAUUACAACAUGAAUUUUUUGAUAAAUUAUCAGUCAGCAUUUAUAUGUUUAUGUAUAUAUAUGUUUACAGUGUAAAUUUAAACACUGUUCCCUGUUGGGGCAACUGACUGGCAGAACUCAUGACUCUUGAUCUCAGGGUUGUGAGUUCGAGCCCCAUGUUGGGUGUAGAGAUUGCCUAAAAAUUAAAUCUUUAAAUAAAUAAAUAAAUAAAUAAAUAAAUAAAUAAAUA